AACUGUUUUUGCAGCAACGACCGACAGCAGCGAUCUCCCCGCCGGAGUAACGUCGGUUUUCGUCGGGACGGAGGAAGGCGACGGGGAGUCGAUCGGUGGUGUGUCUUGCGUGCACCGUCGUCGUAGAAUAGUCCGCCGCACGAAAGGAAAAAGGACACGCAUCGCUUCCCCAUGUGAGCGACGAGGAAUAUGGCAGGAGCAAAAUCUGGCGUUCACGUACUCCAGCUCAAGCUCAUCAGUGUGCCCCAAAGUUUACAGGAAGGCAACAAAUUCGUCAAGUGGGACGAUGACUCGGCCCUCGGCACCCCUGUCACGCUGCGCGUCGACAAGAACGGCUUCUUCCUCUUCUGGACGGACCAGAACAAGGAGACAGAGUUCCUGGAUAUCUCCAGCAUCCGGGACACUCGCACGGGCAAAUAUGCCCGAACGCCCAAGGAGGGCAAGCUGCGGGACUCCGUGUCGAUGGGCGCCUCGGACACGCCGCUGGAGGAGAAGACGCUGACGGUGGUGUACGGCCCGGACCUGGUGAACGUGAGCGUGAUCAACUUCUGCUGCAACAGCCGCGAGACGGCGCAGCUGUGGACGGACGAGCUGCUGCGCAUGGCGUACAACCUGCUCUCCCUGAACGCGCCGGCCUCGAGGUUCCUGGAGAAGGCGCACACGAAGCUGCUGCUCACCACCGACCGGGAGGGCCGGCUCCCGGUCAAGGGCGUGCUCCGCAUGUUCGCCCAGCAUCGGGACGACCGGCGCCGCGUGGAGCGCGCCCUGGACGCCGUGGGCCUCGCGGCCGGCAAGAACGACACCCUGGCUCCAGACCGGCUCUGCUUCGACGUCUUCCUGCGCUUCUACCGCCAGCUCGUCGGCCGCCAGGAGGUGGACGCCAUCUUUGAGCGCCUGUGCGGCGGUGCCAAGAAGAAGGCCAUGACGGUGGACCAACUGGUCGACUUCCUCAACAAGGAGCAGCGGGACCCCAGGCUCAACGAGAUCCUCUACCCGUAUGCAAACCCUGCCAGAGCCAAGGACAUCAUAGCCCAGUACGAGCCAAACAAGAGCUACGUGGCCAAGGGCCUGUUCUCGGUGGAGGGCUUCCUGCGCUACCUGAUGAGCGCCGACAACCCCAUCGUCUCCCCGGAGAAGUUUGACCUCAGCCUGGACAUGGACCAGCCCCUGAACCACUACUUCAUCAACUCCUCGCACAACACCUACCUGACCGGGCACCAGCUCACUGGCAAGUCGUCGGUGGAGAUGUACCGGCAGUGCCUGCUGGCAGGCUGCCGUUGCAUCGAGCUGGACUGCUGGACGGGGCGCAACUCGGACGAGGAGCCCAUCAUCACGCACGGCUACACCGUGGUGACGGAGGUGCUCCUGCGAGAAGUGAUCGAGGCCAUUGCCGAGAGCGCCUUCAAGACCUCGGACUUCCCCGUGGUGCUGUCCUUCGAGAACCACUGUUCGCCCAAGCAGCAGGCCAAGAUGGCCAACUACUGCCGCAAGCUGUUUGGCGACAUGCUGGUCACGGAGCCCAUGCUGAGCCACCCGCUGCGGCCGGGGCAGCCCCUGCCCUCGCCCCAGCAGCUCCUGCGCAAGAUCAUCAUCAAGAACAAGAAGAAGCACCACGCGCGGCCGCACAAGCCGCUGGCCUCGCCUUCGGUGGCGGCGGCGGCCGCUGCGGCCGCGGCCGUGGCCCCGGGGGGCGGCGGGGAGGACGAUGCGUCGCCCGGGGAGGGACCCGACGACCUCAACGGGGACGCCAAGGGGUCGGAGGCGGACGACUGGGACACGGACUCCGGCACGGAGGAGGAGGAGGCACCGGAGAGGUCGGCCGAGGACCAGAACGAGGGCACCGCUGCCAAGGAGUCCGAGGCUGUGGCCGAGAUGUCCGCGCUCGUCAACUACAUCCAGCCGGUGCGGUUCCACUCCUUCGAACAUGCCGAGAAACGAGAUCGCAGUUACGAGAUUUCAUCGUUCGUCGAGACUCAAGCCACCAAUUUGCUCAAGGAACACCCUGUAGAAUUUGUCAAUUACAAUAAGCGCCAACUGAGUAGGAUAUACCCCAGCGGCACACGUGUUUCGUCUAGCAACUACAUGCCACAGGUGUUUUGGAAUGCAGGCUGCCAACUCAUAGCCUUAAACUUUCAAACUCUAGAUCUCGGGAUGCAGCUGAACCUGGGCAUCUUUGAGUUCAACGGACGCAGCGGUUACUUGCUAAAGCCAGAUUUCAUGAGGCGAGCGGAUCGCAAAUUCGAUCCCUUCACCGAAUCUACUGUAGAUGGGAUAAUUGCAGGUACUGUUUCCAUCAGGAUAAUCUCGGGUCAGUUUCUGACGGACAAGCACGUGGGCACCUACGUGGAGGUGGACAUGUACGGCCUGCCCGCAGACACGGUGCGACGGCGGUUCCGCACACGCACCGUGCCGGCCAACGGCAUCAACCCGGUCUACGACGAGGAGCCCUUCAUCUUCAAGAAGGUCGUGCUGCCCGACCUGGCAGUGCUGCGCAUCUCGGUGUGCGACGACAGCGGCAAGCUGCUGGGCCACCGCAUCUUGCCCGUGGUGGGGCUACGCCCGGGCUACCGGCACAUCUCGCUGCGCAACGAGUCCGGCCAGCCCCUGCUGCUCCAGACGCUCUUUGUGCACGUGACGGUCAAGGACUACGUGCCGGAUGGCCUCUCGGAGCUGGCCGACGCCCUGGCUAACCCCAUCAAGUACCAGUCCCGCAUCGAGAAGCAUGCCACCCAGCUCAGGGCGCUCACCGACGACCUCGACGAGGGCCUGGCUGCAGAGAGCCGCAGUCCAGUGCAGACCCAGGCCCCGGCCACCAGCACCCUGGGAGCGUGCCCCCAGGGGGCCUCGUCCCCGUCCCCGGGGGCGUCGUCCGGGGAUGCGCGACCCAGUGCUGCCUGCGGAAUCGACGCGGCCGACACGGCGGCCCCCUCGGCGACGCUGCCAGUCGCUGCAGCGCUCAACAACGGGGGAUUGCAGCCACGCAGCCCCGCGCCGCCCCUUGCGCGCCAGGACACCCUCACACGAAAAAUGGACCCAACGUCGAGGAGUCUGUCAGAUGAAUGCACCCAGGAAAAGACGCUCUCUCUACUGGAGUCCCCCGAGGCGCAGCUCUCGGCGGAGCCCCUUGGCAAGCUGCGGGAGCACAAGACAGUGCAGAAGGUGCUGAGCAAGCUGGACAAGGACCUGAGCGUGGUGCGCAAGCGCUUUGACAAGCUGCGCGACAAGGAGCGGGAGAUGCAGACCCAGCGGGCCGACAAGCUCUCCCAGGCCAACGAGAAGCACCGCGCUCAGCUCAGCAAGUCGCACUCCAAGCUGGGCAAGAAGUUCUCAUGCGGGGAUGUUAUGGCACUCAAACAGCAGAAUGAAUCGCAGAUCCAAGUUUUGGAUGCAGAACACAGAGCGAAGCAAGAAGAACUGCAGCAGAGCCACAACCUAGCCAUGAUGAACAUCACCAAGGAGCAAUACAAGGCCGAGAUGGACAUUCAGCACAAAUACCUGGACUCCCUCUUUAAUGCCAUGGAAAAGACAAUGCAAGGAUCACAAGCAGCCCAGAUGCAGCAACUACAGGACUUACAUGACAAGGAGGUGAGUGAGCUGAUGAAGCGCCUCGAGGCACAGACCAAGGAGGAGAUGCGCAGCCUCAACAAGAAGCACAAAGACAAGAACGAACUCGACAGGAUUAAGAGGGAACUACACCAGAAGAUGAUCGGUGAAGCGGUGUCGGAACGACAGAGGAUCAGCGGCCUGCUCGACAAGAAGAAGGCAGAGCUGGAAAAACAGCACGAGGACGUCAAGAAAUCAUUGGAGGAGGAGAAGAGCCAGGCCAUUGUAAAGCAGCAGCAGGAGUACGAGCUCAAGUGCAGCCAGCUGUCAAGCUCGUUGAGCGACAACCCAGCCCUGUUCGCCGAAUCGAGCGACCACCGCCGGCAGAGCACUGCGCUCUAGCGGAGCACCCGCAACGCCUCGACCCGACGAUAGGCGCCUCCGCAGUUGGUCGAGCGAGCCCAUCGUUCAACGGCACCAGCUUGCUGAAGUGCCACGGGCAGCGCUCUCGUUUUCCGGUGGGCCGGACAAGGCCAUGGGACCCGCCGUGGAAGCGUGGCGGCGACGUCUGCACCUGUGACUCUGCGUCUUCGUAUUCGCUCCAGGCGAGCCGAGCGGGCGGAGCCGUAGCCAUCGGGAGGCGCGAGAAUGGCUACCGGGCGGAGAGGCCGUGCACAACACCCAUUCAUUCCAUUCGCUCGUCGGGUACCGCUAGCCUCAGCCCCGCAAAACGAAUAUCUGUGUUCUCGACGUGGGAAGCUUGCCAGUUAGUUAGUUCGAAACUCGGCGGAUGAGAAACCCUCUCGUCCGAUCGCGACCAUGUGCGGUCGCUUUCGAGUUUCGUGCCGUACUUGCUCGAUGGUGGCACGAUCCCUUCGUGAACAAUGCCCGCCUUUACUCCCGUGGAAAACGCGAAGAUCCAGUCGCUGCGAUCUACAGUAGGGGAGGAGGACGAUGCCCGAUCUUACAAUGUGAUCUGUGCCGAGGUAUACUCUUUACAAACGUCUCUUUUUUCUUUUUUUAGAGGGCAUUCUUUGGGCCUCCUCGUUCAUUGGGCAUACUCUUCGUGGAUUCGCAACGAUCGGCACCCCGCAUUUUCCCGCGGAAAAGCAGGCAUACGGGCCUUUCGCUUCCCGAAAAGUCGUGCCACGGUUGGGCGGACACGGCAGCAUUCCGAGUCUGGCCCACCUUUGUGAUACGAGAGUCCGUGGAGAGCCGUCAGGACCCGCGGACGCUCCCUCGCCCUUUCCCGUUGCACCUUCCUCCGGCACGCUCGUCGCCACAGCCGCUCUCCUUCGAGUGUCCACACUGCCAACGCAGGGCUUUAGGCUCCCUGCUCGGGUCACAAACACAAGGGCCGAACGUCCUCCGUCUCAGCCAGGCGAGCGACGCAACCGUAAACGGCGGAAGGCUUCCACGCUGUUACCAGCACCGGAGGACGGUCAGGUAGUUUGUUUUCUAGCGCAGCACUCGACGCGUAGGCUCCGCGUGCGAUGGAGUGACGGCCCCCCAACGUCUGGCUAACGCGGCGUUCGAAUUCGGGUCUUGUCAUUGUUUCGCACCGCCAUUAAGACAAGGAAAAUGUUAUCCUUUCAAGAAAAGCGCUUUUGUUUUUGCUCGCACUCUCGAGAAAAUUUACUGUCCUGUUAGAUGCGGGACGGAUGCUGCUUCGGUGGCAGGAAGUUAACCGAUGGCUCACACCCCUUCCUUGCCCCGCUUUGAAGCGAGAAAAUUUCUUUAACUUGUCGCACUGUGCUCGGGACGUGCAAGGACGCCGACUACUGGUGUUCGAAUGUCUUGGAAAGGCUCUUCUCAGAUUUUUUUUUCCGUAUUAGGCAGCUGAAGCUGCCUCUGCCAAGUGAGUCGGGAUGCGGCAUUUGUCUUAAAAAAGAAAUUAAGCCAUCUUUUCUUGACGACCUAUUGUGCGGUCGGAACAAAACGAAUAUUAGCAUAUUAGCCUCCAGAAAGCGUUUUAACUCGUAUAUUACACUCGACGUCAGCCUAUUAGGGUAUCUGCGAUAAAACCUGCCCACGAGCAAUGUGGGCAAAAAUUAUUUUAGUAAAAUUUACGCUUACGACACUUCGGCGAUUCGCAACGGGCAAAUCAAGUCUCCGUGUGAAAGCUCUUGCUUGCUCAUUAUCGAGAUAUUUUUUGGGGACGACCGUUUACAUAAAAGGAUGCACCUCCGAGAGCUACAGAAAGGUUUAUUUUUUGGAGCCACGCGUACUUGGCACGGGGCGCUCAACGAAACCCUAGGGUAGGUCCGUUCUGAGAACCCACCGAACGAAAACAGCGGUCAGUAUUAUGAGGCCAAGCACUUUGUCGUCGUGUUUUGAAGCGUAUUUUGGAGCACCAAGCACUCGCACCUUGACGGAGUUUGUCGUGCUGCAAAAAAAAAGAGGCGUAGCGAUGUCGGGCGGCACUGCUGCUGCGGAGCUCGGCCUUCCCUGUGCCAAACUGUUUCCCCAACGCUCGACCGAUCGUUCUUUUGCGUGUGGUUCCCUCUAACGGCGCGCGUGUCGUUCCUUCGGGCCAGUGAAUCGGGGAGAAGCGUUCCCCUCGCAGUUGGAGUGCCCCCCUCCCCUCGUCGAAAGGUGGCGGCGAGGCGCAUCCCACCUUUUCCUCCGCUCACUAGUGAACAUGUGCACAUUCCACACUUCUAAGCGGGCUUCGUCUGGUGCACAUUCCGGGCCGCUUCCGGCUAAGCGAGUGGUUGGAGCCAACGGAAGGGUGCGUGUAGGUAGGACCGCCAGAAACGUAAAAGACGCAUUCUUGUUUUCUAUAAGAAGAAACGUCGUCGGAGAUGUCAUCAUCUAGCCCGAGCUUGCCGCCGCAACGCUCGCGUAACUUCACUCCAUCCUAAAUCAAGACGCCCGUAUUUCCAGGAAAGGAAACACAUUGCCAGGUGCCGGCUUCGACUUAGCGAGCUAGCGGGAGUUUGUAUUACCGGCGCCAGUGACGAGAAAAAGCUAGUUUGUGCCUUGCCAGCUCAGUAGUCCUCUAUCUCUAUGUUUUCGGGUUGUGGGACGUGUCGAUUGGUAGUUGCGACUUCGGAUUUUAAUCUCUGCAUCACGUCCCGAGGCGGUGCAGCGUAGACGCGUAGAAUGAGGCGAGGCUUUUCUUCACCGUCUCCAAGGACCGAUUGUCGUUGUGAUAGAUGCCAAUUUUUAAUUGCGUCGUUGAGGGGAGAGAGAACUUUGUGAUUUCACUGAGCCAGAGUGACGUUUGGCAUCUAUGUUCGUGGUCAUCUAGGGAAAAAGAAAAAAUAAGUUUGGUGCAUGUUCAUAUGCUGCACAAAGUAGUUCUUGCGAGAUUUGGCUAUUAAAAAAAAAAAAUACUUGUUCUGCCUCUUGAAACACGUAUGUCUGGACGAGUUAACCAAUAAGUGAUCUCAAAUGCACAUACGGUUGUGUCUCAUUAAUUUGAAUGCUGGUAUUAAAGAUACGACGCUAUGUAGACAAGCUUUUAAGCAACGAAUGGGCUAAAUGCAAGCAUUUGUUUCUUGUUUUUAUGAGCAACUCUCAUUACGAACGAUUCGGGGGGGAUGAAUAUGUUCAUAUUAGCUCGUUGACUCUACAAGUAUCUUAAUUCACCACAUAAAAGGGCGAAAUUCGUAACGCUUCACAAAAAGCCAACCUUCUUUCGCUGUUGUUCCUGAGAUGAGAACGAGUGUAGACAGAACUUUUUUUUUUCUUGCCUUUUUGUAUGGUUACUUAGGCACGCUGAAAAGCCCACGCCAUUUUGGAGACUACCGUGAUCAGAACACGUUGCAAUUGUCGCUUUUCCUCUCCUUUCCCGCAAAUUUUUGGCACGUUGUACUUCGAUGACGCCUUUCCUCGGUAAGCUUGUUUGACGUCUGCAGGGUACAUUGUUCGCUCUCUAUCGACGUGACUUCCCCGUAAUCGCGCCGGGAGCUCUGGCCCACUAAAGUCCCUCGAUCUGGGGACGUUGGGGCCCACGUGCGGCGUCCCAUAUUGUCUUGCCUUCUUUACAAAGCUUUCCCCCCUUGGGUCGUGCGAAUUACAUGCGAGUAUUCUUGUUGAUUACGGUGUCGACGUUUUAGUAAGAUGUUUUUGUUAAACUUUAGUGCAUUGUAUAUUUUUUUUAAAUUUUUGUAUCAUCGGUGCCGGGUGGGGGUAUUAGGCCCUUUUCAAGAUCCUAUCGAGCAACAUUGACGGCCGCCAUUUUGUGGGCAUCGUUUCCAGCGCGAAGCGCGUGAUUGGUCCCGAGUCUAAGCCGUACGUCGACGCAGCACUCGUUUGUAGUUCCUGCUCGGCGCACAUGCCCAAUACCUGGCGCCCUCGGAUGAUCGACGCAGCAGCUACUAGAUGGCAGGUACUUCUGAAAGGAGUUUGUCGCCAAGCCCGGUAAAAGUUUGUGGCCUAGUGUUGUCUGGCACAAUGUUUGUGUUUUAUUGCACCAUGAACUUGGUUUACGUUGUCUUUGUAAAUUUUCUCAUUUAGUUUGACCACGAGAGGUGACUGGUCCGACAUGCUAGACGUAGUCUGGUCUCGUUCAAUUACACUUGGCUUUUUUGUUUUUUUUGCUUUUACUUUGGUCACAGCACUCUCUGGUUAGCGAGCAAAGAAAGGUGUGUACAUGUGUGAAGCAUCUGAUCUAGAUUUUAGGUUUCCUUGACUUCUUCCUAAGUGGCAGUGUUGUCGCCAGUGGAAGUGUGAGAUGUUGUGGCGGAAAUCAUGUCGUCCUCUGUGCCAAUGUGACAGUAUUGGGUUAGAUAUUGUAGUGCUUGAUGGAAUUUACCAAUAUUUACAAGGAAUACGCCGAAAAACUGACUCGAAUUUAUAAAAGUGUUGGUAAGGUGGACUUGAGGUAUUUAAAAAAAAGAUAUAUAUAUAUAUAAAUAUAUAUUGUUUAGAUUUAAGUGAGAGGUAGAGUGAAUAGAUUAUGAGCCAUGUGUAAUAUUGUUUGAUGAUAUUGUGUCACACUCCGUAUUCCUCGUUUAGUUGCCCUGCGCUCACCUUAUGGUCUCAAUUGUAAUGUCUGCAAAGUGCAAUGCUAUACAAAAACACUUUCUAUUUUACUGUUUUAUUCACAAUAUGCAUUUCCUACUGUAAAGAAAUGUUCUCUGCGGUUGUUUCACAAAGAACCUUGCAUUCACUGCACUCAUUCAAUUACUGCACGAGCAGUGAACAUGGCAGACGGUUGUGGCACUGGUACUACCGAAGUGUCCGUUACACAAUAGCUAAGGUCACCGGAUAGAGAAAGGGAGCCCAUAUUUCCCAAAUCUUUAACCUUCUUGCAGGCCGACGUCGAUUGCUCGCAGAGGUCUUUCUAGAAAUCGGCUAUACGCUUUUAUGCUUCGUUCACCCCCAAGUUGACAAUGUGGUGGGAGCCACACGUUCUCAAGAGCCAUUCAGCACUUCCCUUUCGUUGACCCUGCCCUCUGCGCGUGGGUAUCGGAGAGGGUGUGAUCACGUGGCGAAAGGUAAUCCAUUACUGGUCUAACAAGCAUGUAGCUUCCACUGCACUGUCAGCUUAGGGGUAAACACCGUAUAGACAAGAUAUGCGUGAAGCAGUCCACUUCAGUUUCAUCCGAAAGACAAGAAAGCAAAGGCGUGCAUCUGACGAUGCUCCCUCAAGAUGUAAAGGCGAAGGCUCGCUCGGCAAUCGAUCGAUUUUUCUACCGUUUAGUCAAAAAUGGCGGCACGGCGUGAUGCAAUCGGCUCGGCUAUCUCGCAGCUUUCUUUUCAGUCUGCCUCAAUCUCCAUGUGAACCUUACCAGGUUCACAUGGAGAAUGGGUUAUGGGCACCGAGCGCAAAAUCUUCCGCACCAGGCCGUCUUGCCUGGUUCCGCAACAAAUUACGCCCGUCAUUAGCAGAGCUCGUUACGGGCUCGCCACAAAUUCGUGAGUCUCUCAACCCCGAAGAUGUAGCCGGUGACUUUAGCUUGCACAAGAGGACACUCUUUGGUUUUAGAAACGUCAAAGCCGACGCGGGAGUCUGGUGGCACGUCGUGACCGGCGCGCACCAUUUCCGAGCAUUCCGUUUGCAUGAAUUCUUGUCAGUUGUGUGUGUAUCGGUGCAGAAGUGUGAUUCUCGAGUCGGUUGUUUUUCGUGUGCGGUCGACCCAGGGUUGCGUCCGUUGACUUCGACCAAUCACAUUCCAGGGAAGCGCCAGAUUGGUGAAAAGUCGUCACCCUUCCUUCCGUGUGGCACCUGUAGACACCUCGUUAGUGUGGGGUACUCGCGUAGAAGCGUCGUGGCGCGCGAUAGCUUGCACAGUGACACCCCCCUUCGGGGUGGGUGUCCUUAGUAGGGGUCGGAUGCUCAGGCGCCUAAAAUGUCCGCCAAGGGUUUAGACGGUGGGCACGUAAAGGCAAGGUUGGAGGAUGCUUAUGGCAAAUUCACGUGGUCAUUCGUUGGUGAGCCCUUGCAUUGGGCACCGGCGACCAAAAACGCGCCACCGGCGCACCACGUGACCCUCUCCACCCGAACACAAAGCGCCGGUAACUGGCACUUUUAUUUGCCUGGAUCACGCGUGAGCUUUGUUGACUUCUUCCUCUUUUAAUCUAUGGUACAAUGAGCAAAAAAUUCCGACUCUCUGAGAUGUGUGCAAACACAAGCGGCUUGACAAUAAUGUUUGAAAUAUUAACAUUAUCACAGUCCGCACAACUUAGAGGAUCUUAAAUUAUAAAAUUAAUGAAAGGGCAGGUUAAUUAAUCGAUGUGGUGUCGCCCAUUCACGCAUCAGAUUUCUGUAUAUUUUGUUUGAAUUUACGAGGAACUUCUGCCACUUUACAAGGAUCCCAAGGAGACUUGCCGGCGUAGCCUAUGUUUUGUUUUAUUGUUAUUACCUUUGUUUAGAACCCUCAGUCUUCUCAUUGCGACCACACCCCUUGAAAUCGUAAUGUGUGUUCAAAUGUGAAGCUGCAUCACUACCCAUAUAUUAUUUUACUUAUUUUACAGCGGUGUAAUAAUGCGUUAUUACACCGCUGUAAAGAAUAAUGUAUGGAUAGUGAUGUAGACCAUGUCCUAGAGCAAACUGUCCUUGCCCAUGCGAGACAAAUCCUUCCAAAAAUUUUGGCUUCGUUUAAAACAUUAAUCAUCUUUAUCUUCGUAGUUUUUGCCAUCUUGUCUCGGAGCACAAAUAAUUGUCUGUCUCGACGACUUCGUUUGAAACUCGAACCCACUAUUUGCCGCUUUCAGCGAGAAUUGUUUCGUCUGGUCCCCUCUUCCGAUUUGGAUGUUACAAUGCGGGACACAGUCUGGUAGACAAGCUGCCCAGUCUCUUGGAGCUCAGGCAAAAAUUGUGUCGGAAAAUUGCCAGCUUGUGCCUGAAAAGCGCCACCCGAACAGCUUGCACUCGCCAGCUUUUGACCAUGUGAAUGCCUUUGGUGAAGAUAUGGCAAAUGACCACCUGAAUUCGCCAUUAAGGAGCAUGUUGGAAGACAGAAUACGGCUUCUUUGAAGCACUACAAAUGAUUGGCCACAUGCAAAAACCAGAUGCCUAGAACUUACACAGUUCUUACUGCAGUGCAUUUUAUUGCAUCCCAUCGUUAUAUAUAUAUAUAGUUAUUAACUAGCUUAACUUUCUCAUAUUCUCUGCCCUGUCGCCGUGUCAAAUUCAUUUGCUUGACACACUAAAUCCGUAAUACUUGGAACCCCUUAGAUGCCUGGAAGGAAGAUCCUCAGUGUGGUCACCCAAACUAAGGUCCUGCAUAUCCUUACAAAUAAGGGGACAGAAUCUCGCCUCUUUUCUACAUCGAGAUUCAUCCGCAAAAUCUAGUUUCUGGCAUUGUGGUUUGCCAGCAGGACAGUCGACAUUCCUCAGUUGCGCGAGUUAACGUCCGACUUUUCCUUUGCUCGAAGAGACGGGGAAAAAUUUGUCCAGUUUGCAUUCGUCCAAUACGAGGAUGUCAUUAUUGGGUGGCACUGUUCUGGGCGGCCACACACAAAAAGGGAUUUUUGUUUAGAAUACACCAACUCAGAAUUUACGGGAAUGAAAGCUCCAAACUUUUAUGAACUUCACAAAUGCGAAACCCCAUCUAAUGAUCAAAAGAAGACGACGAAAGAUAGCCCUUCAAAGCAGGAGGAGAGUGGGUCAGCCUCCAACAACAUAGCAAUAGAGUGACAAGUUUCAUCAUUGUUUCUUUUACGUGACGCUCCAUAAACUUCCUUCAAUCUUAUCUGCACAUGACCGCCAUGGGUCUCCACAUAGAUUGCGGCAUUUGAGGCUAACUGUCCGGCGGCCCCAACAUCCGGCCUCUAGUCACUAGCUGUUGUUCGUGCCGAUCGCUUCGGGCAGUUGCUGAGCGCGUUGUGGCGCAUACCUAGUGCAGCGAGAUUCACUUCUCCGUCGUGGCUUCUGUGUCUUCCAGAUGUGCGCUAGUGAGGAUCAGUUUAGGGUAUAGUAAGACGCCGCCAGCAGUCGUUAUUGGGAGAGCGCGACGACGGCGACUAGGAAUGCUCAGCUCGCCCCAGCCACGCGGGACAACCUCCUUGCCAGGGAUGGAUCCGUUUGCUCUGCCAUUUCAUUCGGGGGAAUCGUUGAACAAGUAAUUGCCCCAGCGGCAUAAAAGCUAACUUUGAUUUCUGUCCGCUCCAUUUUCGAUCGAAGGGGCUGUUCUUACGUGUGAAUUCCGACAGAGCAGCUACUACUAGAAGGGAGCUUAGGAACGCCCGGCAAAACUGACGUUAUUACGAUUAAGGCAUCUCUCAUUCUAAACAUAAUUUGCGCAAACUGUCGGAAGAAAAAGUCGAGCCCCUGUUUCUUCGAGUCUGCUGCCGAUGGGGUUCGGCGCCACUUUUGCCGGGACGUCGCUUUUCCUUGCGUGCCCGGAAGGGAGACCUAGCGACGCAUCGAGCCGUACCAACCCGCGCAGUAUAGAUGCUUCGAGAAGCUACUACGAAUAGUUAGUGUCGCGUCGUAAGCACAGUGCCAGUUGGGCCUAGGAGCCGGGCAGAACUAGCGUUUGGCGGCUUCUGCACGGUCUAGAUGCCAAGCAUGCGUAGCGACGAGAAUCGGGUAGACCACGAGCCCGGGGGGUCCGGAGCCCAGCGUGGUGCUUCCACGGAGGCCUAGGCCUUGCGAGGACUGGCAGACCAAGCCCACAUUGUUACCCCCUACUUUCUCUAGAAGUUUGUGCGCACCACACAACGGUUGUCUGCACAUUGUGAAAGGCCAUGUUUUCCAUUCCAUUGGUUGUUGUUUCUAAGCUGUCACGUGUAUACCACCACUACGUUGUUGUCUGGGUGUAUACGGCAGACCGCCUCUCUCCCCCUUGUUGUGAAGAGAGGAGAGAAUAAAAAGAGCUGAGCGUGGUCUGCCUGUGUGUACAUAUUUAUAUAUAUAGCUAGGUAGGUAGUUAGGAGUUGUACUUUCCUUUCUUUUGUACAGGCUCCGUCUUGCUCAAAAAAGGUGGGGGGAGGAGGUCGGGGCCCGUUUGGGGGCCCCACGCGACCCUUGUUCCUACCUCCUCCCUUGUCUCUCGGCUCUCGGCGGCCGUUGUUGUGGCAAUGCUUGUGACACUGCAAGUGACACAGAUCUAUGCACUGUGUCUGUGUUGUCUCGUGUGACACUGUUUUCUCCCCUUGCAAGGUGCCCCCCCCCCCCUCUACCCCCCUCCCGUCGGCGUGGGGGGGGAACCGGUGGUUCUGUAAAUAAAUAUUUUGUCACGUAGCAA